CUGUAAGCUUUUGUUCUUGAACUGCUAUUAUGCUAGACGUGCUUAGUUUUAUCACUGGGGUUUUCGGGCAUAUUCAAGCCUAUCGUGUCCGAAGAGUCUAGAAGGGUUAUUAUGCACACACAGUAUUGUUGGACUGGUACAAUACGAAUACACCAAAAUUCCAUGCCACUAUCUGACGACUUCAAGUACCUAUCACGGAUUUGACUGAGCCGACUUACAGGAUCUAUCCUCUAUCUAUCCCAUCUAUUCCCCCCCUGCUCGCGAGUUCUUGGUAUUUCAAAUACCCAUACACACUGCCGUAUUCCCCCAAUCCAUCCUCCGGCUCGUCCUCCUGCCUAUUCAGAGGGGUUUGCAUGGGGGUGGUAUUAUGUCCGAGAGGAGAGAGAGGCGGCUGUGAAAGUACUUAUUCCUUAUAACUCCCCUCCUUACACCCCCCGUGAUGCGAUUGAGUUGUACUGGGCUUCGUUUGGUUGUUAAUGCUCCAUCGUCAUCUCAGCUGUUUAGGUCUAUUUCAGCCACGCAUUCUUUGAGUCCUUGUUUUAUUACAUCUGGUACUACGUCUAUAUAUACCCCUAGUUUCGUCCCACGUCCCUCGUGUCCCUUGUCAAAUCGCUCAUCUCCCCUCUUCGGCAAAUACACCACCCACGUCAGGAUGGCUUCCACUCUAACCCUCCCUAAGAUCCCUAUCUUCGAAGCCAUCGCUAGCCACAAUCCGCAGUCCACCGCCGUCGUCCACUGCCUGUCCCGUCGGACGUUCAAGUAUGGCGAAUUACUCCCGGACGUGAGUCGCGUGCGCGAUCGAAUCCUCGAAGCCGCCGGCAAGUCGGACAUCCGGGGCGAGCGGGUUGCCUUUCUUAUAGAGAAUAGCUACGACUAUGUUGUCACAUACCUGGCUAUUCUAGCAGCGCAUGCCAUUGCCUUACCACUGUCCCCACCAUUCCCGGCACCCGAAUUGCAAUAUAUCCUGUCCCAGUCGCAGGCUAUCCUUUUGCUACACUCGCCGAAGUACGCCGCCAAGGUCGAUGAAGUCCUCACCACGCCAAGUAAGGAACUCGAUGUCGCACCAUCACCAACUCCCGUCGAGUUACCGAAGCACCUUGGCGCAAUCUCGGAAACGUUCGAGUCGGUUACGCUCACGGACGAUGACGAUGUAGAGGGCGCUGGAAUGAUGCUAUACACAUCCGGCACGACUAAUCGACCUAAAGGAGUACUGCUGCCUCAGACCGCGCUUACGGCUCAGGCCCGCGCCCUGAUUGAGGCGUGGAAAUAUACACCGUCGGACCGACUGCUACAUGUGCUCCCUCUCCACCACAUCCACGGCACCGUCAACGCAUUGCUUACGCCACUUUUCGCCGGUAGCAGCAUCGAGUUCCUCUUCCCUUUCAACGCAGACACAGUUUGGCGACGCUUCGCAACGCCGUUCGUGAAUUCGCCACAAGUUGCUGCUGCUAUUGCUAAGCCGAACGGCGUGGCUCACGCAGUUAAGGAAGCUGCGAAAGAAGUUGUAAAGGAAAACGGUAUUACGAAUAGCGUCCCCCAGUUCGUUAAGGCAAACGGAUUUGUCAAACCCAGUAGCCUCCCUAAUGGCAUCCCCCAACCGGUAAAGACAAAUGGAUUUCACCCAGCAGUUGGUGAGGCGAAUGGAAAUAUUACCCCCAUUACGGAAACAAAUGGCACCACCACUCCAGCCCUAGAACUGAACGGAUUCGGCAAUCCCGUUUCUUCGGAAAUCAGCCGUCUAGCAGCGGUCAUUAACCAUCUAGCAGCUGAGGUUAGCAACCUCGCCGCGAAGAUCAGUCAGCCUAACCAACCAGCUGCACUGACAAACGGCCUUAAUCAUGUCAUAUCGCAGCAGACAAAUGGUGUCGCUCCCUCGCCAGCUCUAUCCGCCAACGGUUUCGACACACCCAUCACGUCGACAAGUGGCCGUAAUACUCCGGUCGUAGAAGCGACCACCUUUGUCAAGCAACCCGAGCCGCAGAAGCCUGCUGCCCCUGCCGCUGUCACUGAACCCGUCAACGAAGAGAAGUACAAGAACUUAUCUCGCGUUAAGAUUACAUUCUUCACCGUCGUGCCUACGGUGUAUACGCGCCUGCUCUCGACUCACAAGACACUCCCUCCGGCCAUCGCUGAAGCCGGUCGUAUCGCUAUCAGCCCAGAACACAUGCGCGUAUCGAUCUCCGGAUCGGCAGCUCUUCCGACACCUGUCAAGCGUGCCUGGAAAGAUCUCAGUCGCGGAAACGUGCUGCUCGAGCGGUACGGUAUGACAGAGGUAGGCAUGGCGCUGUCCUGCGGUCUCGACUAUGGCGACCGUGUCGAUGGCAGCGUCGGGUGGCCUCUCCCUGGCGUAGAAGCUCGACUCGUGGACAACGAGACAGGUACCAUCAUCGAGGACCUCGACCCCUCCGAGCCCGUUCCUGAAAAAGAGCGGUCAGGCGAAAUCCAACUCCGCGGCGCCAAUGUGUUCCAAGAAUACUGGGCCAAUCCCGCUGCCACAUCCAAAGAAUUCAUCCCGUCGGAUGACGGCAAGGGCCCAUGGUUCAAGACCGGAGACGUAGCGGUUCGGCGCCAUGUGCCUGAGGCCGGUCACGGCACGAGCGGCGAAUGGGCCCGCGGGCCUAUGUACUUCAUUCUCGGCCGGCAAAGCGCCGACAUCAUCAAGUCCGGCGGCGAGAAAGUAUCCGCGCUCGAAGUCGAGCGCGAGUUGCUCUCCCUACCCGAAAUUGCCGAAGCAGCAGUAGUCGCAGUGCCUUCAGGAAAGUGGGGACAGAAAGUCGGCGCCGUCAUCAUCCACUCUCCCGAACACCUGCGCGAGCGACCCGCCUGGCGACCCCUCGACAUGCGGCGCGCGCUAAAGGGACGACUGGCGAAUUACAAGAUCCCGCAAGUACUCAGGGUGGUCGAGCAUAUUCCGCGCAACGCCAUGGGCAAGAUUAACAAGAAGAAUCUGCUGCGGGAGGUAUUCUUAGAUGACUUUAGCGGAGACGAGCUAUAAGGACGCGGGGAUACAUGGAUGGAGAUAAGAUGGGGAAACUGGAUUCACCUAACCUAGGAUUUUGGAUCUAAUAUCACGAUUGCACGUUGUAUGUAUGCAUGCAUGCUCUACCUUGGGGGGUUCACGUAGUGUCAAUAUCCCAGGGAGAACCAAAACGAAAGAAAGAAAGAAAGAAAGCAAGGAAGAGGGUGGGCCCAUGCGAUCCCACUAUUAAAAGGACGAUAUGAAGCCCGAUUCAACAUGCAAAGGGAGAUGAAUCAACCAACGAAGCAGCUGAAACGGGAAACUGGAAUGGGACGAAGCGAAGAUGGAAAUGAAACGCGACUGCGUGCUGCUGCACAUGUGAUUGGACGGGGUAUUGGGUUUUUCGAGUCAUGCGGGAAUUUUCAUGUCUAUAUGUUGUGUCCUCUCCGACGACCUAUUUGUAUAUAGGGAAUUCUUUCCUUUUCCCCUUAGUCGUUUUCGAGACGGCUGGUCUCUCUAUCUGUAGAGUUAGAAUCAAUGCGGCUCGCUCGCCACCCUAGGACAGAAGCCUACCAAUAUUGACUAUCCCUUGAUUACCAUUCAA